UGAGCUGCUUAGUUAGUUGGAAUAGAGUCGUUCGCCAUGCCCCAUCGACUGCGGCAGAACCUGCUGUUGCCCCAACCGCCCACGGUGGUCCUGCACGAUCCUCGCACCCACCUGCGGCACCUGCCACCCGCCUACAGUGCCGCCCAGACUCCGCUGAGCAAGGAGCGGGACUUUGGGGCGCAGGUGCGCUACUACCUAGAGGCGCCUCGCAAGCCCAAGUUCCGACCCUGCAAGGUCAUCUUCGUGGGCGACUGCUCUGUGGGCAAGACGGCCAUCGUCAAUCGGUUUUGCUACGACAAGUUUCAGUCGAACUACAAGGCCACCAUUGGCGUGGACUUUGAGCUGGAGAACUUCAGCAUUCUGGGUCACAAAUACAGUCUGGAAAUGUGGGACACUGCUGGUCAGGAGCGCUUCAGGUGCAUCGCUGGAGCCUACUAUCGCAAUGCGAGUGUGAUUGUGGUCACCUACGACAUGUCGAAGAAGGAUUCGCUGGAGUCGGCAAAAAAAUGGCUAAACAGCGCACUCAACUACAAUGCAAGCAAGAGACCCUUGGUUUUCCUGGUGGGCACAAAAGCAGACCUCUUGUCGAAGGAGGAGUUUGUACGCAUGGAACGACUGGCAGGGUUGGCAGCCGCCGAGCUCCAGGCGGAAUAUUGGUCCGUUUCGGCACGAUCUGGCUUCAAAGUCACGGAAUUAUUCCAAAGGAUCGCUGGCCUGGCUUUCGAAGAAGCUGCAAUGCAGGAAAUUAGGUCGAUUAAGAAUAAACCUCAGGAACAGGCCACUCAGGCAUCUGUUAAAUCGCAAACUUUUGAUUUACGCAACUUCUUUGGUAGCCGCCUCUCACCACAGAAGAGUGGCUGUGCUUGCUAGCCUGCAGAUUGUACAACUUGUAUUUUUAGCUAAACGUAAGGCAUUGAAUAAAUCAUUUCUAAACAAAUUGGUUAAUUCUUUCGAUUUAAAUUUGAAUUCAAAAUGUACCGUUUCUGCUUAAGCACCGUCAGCGUUGCCACACACUUUUGCGGCUGUGUUGCACGCGCACAGUGUCAAGAUAGCAAGCCAGACACAGCUAAUAAGUGCCGCAGCAGUGUUGCCAAGCGCACUGAAUGCGUGCAAAAUUCCAGCGAUCUGGCCACCCUCCUGUCAAAACGGGCUUCCGCCUUUUGACAACUGCCCCUCAGUUUUCCUUUUCAUUUCUUUUUCUCGUAGAAAUGCCAC